AUGGCAGUUAUCGGUGAUUUGCACGCAGAUUUUACCGAUCUCAUGAAGUCGCUAAAUAAUACAGGAUGGCCUACCGAGAGAACGCUGAUCUUUUUAGGUGAUUAUAUUGAUCGUGGGGAUCAUCCAAUCGAAGUUUUACUGCUUCUGUUCCUUCUCAAACUACGUUACAGAAAGAGAGUGGUGUUACUGCGUGGUAAUCACGAAACCUACGAACAGUGCGCACUCUACGGACUCAUCGAUCAUCUGGAGGGCGCAUAUCCGGAAGAGGACAAGCAUGUACUGUUUUUCACACUCAACAACGUCUUCGAUCAUUUGCCUCUUGCAGCUAUCAUUUCGGACCAGAUACUUUGCUGUCACGGUGGAGUUUCCCAGUUCGCUAAUUCUCGUAGCGAAAUAGCAAGCAUACAAAGACCGCCGCGAUGGAUGGAGCCGACCACAACGUUGUACCAGAUUGCUAUCUUGACCGAUAUUCUGUGGUCAGAUCCCGGCAGUCAGGAGUGA